UGCAAACUAUUGUGCCUCGAACCCAGGGCUAUCUAACGAAUCCGCAGUUUUCUCAGCGCGGGAAGUCCUCUGCUGAAAUCGGCCAGCAGAGUCGCGGGGCUAGCCAAAGAGCCCAGCGGUCGCGCCACCAUGAGCUCCGGUCGUCCGCGUCACCGCGGUCGUCAUGGCAACUAUGAACGGCGUCAUGUGGAGUCGGCUACGCCUCAGGCGGCGUCAGCUGACGCUGCUGAGAGCAGCUCGCCUGUGGUGCAGAUGUUCCGCGAGUUCGCCACCCACCUGGACAACAAGCACGACCGCUACGAGCGGCUGGUGAAGAAGAGCAGAGACGUCACCAUCGAGAGCAAAAGGAUCAUUUUCAUGCUGCACAGGGUCUCUAAGGACGAGCAGAGUGCGGCGCUGCUGGAGGAGGCGGCGCAGCGCUUCCGGCACCUGGAGAACACCGCGCUGCGCGAGAUCGCCCAGGAGCUGCGCGGCCAGGACCCGUACAUGUUCAUCAGGGCCAUCAGUCCAGGACUGCAAGAGUACAUCGAGGCGCUGUCAUUCUACUACUACCUGCUGCAAGACCGCCUGAUCAGCUGGGCCGAGGCGCAGGCGCACUUGACCUACCCGCGCCCCGCCGCCGCGCAGGCCGGCGCUCGAGGCGCCCCGGCGGACGGCGCCGCCGGCCUCGCCGAGGCGGAGCCACCUGCCGACGCGACGGUGGCGCCGCCGGCGGACACGGAGCCGGCGGUGCCUGACGGCGACAGGCCGGCGGCGGACACGGAGCCGGAGUCGACCGAGCCGGUGAAAACCGUCGUGGCGGAGGCGGGUGAGGCGCCAGCUGACCCUGAUGCGCCGGCCCUGAGCCUGCUGCUGCCCUACCACGAGUACGUGCUGGGCAUCGCCGACCUGACCGGGGAGCUGAUGCGCAAGUGCAUCAGCUCGGUCAGCUCCGGCGAGCUGGAUCAGUGCUGGCGGCUGUGCGGCUUCCUGCGCACCAUACACGAGGGCUUCAUUAACAUAGGGAACACGGGACCACGCGAGAUCACGCGCAAGCUGAGUACGCUCCGCCAGAGCGUGGCCAAGGUGGAGAACGCCUGCUACCAGCUGAAGGUGCGCGGCGAGGAGAUCCCUCGCCACAUGCUGGCCGACGUGUUCUCGGCCGGCGACGACUACCCACCGCCGCCGCCCAACGACGACUACGCUGGGAAUUAGGCGUCGCCAACUGCUACCCGCCGCCGCAGGACGACUACGCUGGGAACUAGACUGGAGCGGCUACCCAUCGCCGCAGGACGACUACACCGGGGACUAGACUGUAGUGGCUACUCGCCGCUGCACAACGACUACGCCGGGGACUAGACUGUAGUGGCUACCCUCCGCUGCACGACGACUACGCCGCGGACUAGACUGUAGCGGCUACCCAUCGCCGCAGGACGACUACGCCGGGGACUAGACUGUAGUGGCUACCCGCCGCUGCUGGACGACUACGCCGGGGACUAGACUGUAGCGGCUGUCCAUCGCCGCAGGACCACUACGCCGGGGACUAGACUAGCGGCUGCCCACCGCCGCAGGACCACGACGCCGGGGACUAGACUAGCGGCUACCCACCGCCGCAGGACAACUACGCCGGGGACUAGACUGUAGUGGCUACCCGCCGCUGCUGGACGACUACGCCGGGGACUAAACUGUUGCGGCUACCCAUCGCCGCAGGACCACUACGCCGGGGACUAGACUAGCGGCUACCCGCCGCUGCAGGACGACUACGCCGGGGACCAGGCUGGAUAGGCUACCCGCCGCUGCACGACGGCUACGCCGGGGACUAGACUGUAGUGGCUACCCACCGCUGCAGUACGACUACGCCGGGAGCUAGACUGUAGCGGCUACCCGCCGCCGCAGGACGACUUCGCCGGGGACUAGACAAGCGGCUACCCACCGCCGCAG